CAAAAUUCUAGCAUUGAAAAAAGAGUUAAGUUCAGUAGAACUAUGUUCAUAAGAUCACUUAAGCACACCCUGAACUGUUGUAAAAUUGAUUACCAAAAACAAUGUCUCCUCUAAUACACAAACCUAAUAACCAGGCUAUAAACUAACUUUGAAGAAAGAUGAAAACACUGCAACCCAAGAAGUGAGCUUUCCUAGUUAGAUCUACUUGUACCUAGGACUUGCUCAUUGUCUAUAUAAUACGCUAUUGCAUUUUCAAUCAAAAUCGAAUUUAAGUUCUCAAUAACUCAGAGCUUAUCAUUCACCACCCUCAAGCUCAUCUUGAUCUUCAAGCUGCCCUUCCUCCUUGUUGUUAACUUCAGAAUUUACAGUCUCAUUGUUACUAUUACUGUGACCAAAGAACAACCCUGAAGCUUUUGAUAUUUUUAAAAGACUCCAUUAGACCUCAAGUAUACUUCUCCUAAGAAGCUUCCUAACAUAUGCUAUCUAAGUAUGAUUCGCCUCGUACAGUCAUACAUAUGAUUUCUUAUCUCUUCCAUUAUCAUUGCAGUUUGUUUCCUGCAAGUAAUAAUCAAAAAGUCAAGAUCACAACACAUAAACAUAAGAACAAUGUCAACGACUUUCAUUCUCCACCACAUAAGAACAAACAAAAAAACCAAAACUUUAAAUUGUGUCUAUUAUAAUUCUCAGCUCAUCACUCAACAAGUUGGCAUAAAGAUCAAGUCUUUUAGCUCAAGACCAAACAACAACUCCAAACCAUCACUAACUAACCGAUCAAACACACCAAAACAGAGAUCAAAAAAGUAUAAUAAAAAAAAGUCAAAAUACAACCUCCACCGUUGAGAUUGAUGGCGUUCCACCGUUGAACUUGUUGUAACUAGUGCGUACGCCUGAUGAUGGAUCUGCAUGAUCUGGCCGAAUCGGGGAGACGUCAAGGGAGAGAAAGAGAGAUCCGGAGGUUUCAAUCGAGAAACACAAAUCGGGGAGACGUCGGAGCCGUCGAGGUUUCAAUCGAGAAACACAAAUUGCUGAGGGAGAGAAAGAAUGAAACGAAGUUUAACGAGGGAGAGAAAGGGAGAAGACAUCAACUCGUUAUUGCUGUUGCAUUGUCCUCUGACCUUGUGUUGAUGGUUCUUGAUGCCUCCAAAAGUAAAGGUCACAGGCAGAUUGUGACUAAGGAACUUGAAACAGUGGGUUUACGUUUAAACAAAACCUCCACAGGAAGAAAAGAAAAGUCAUGGAUGAAGAUGGUUGGAUUUGGCUGGUCCAAGAUGAACCAAGAAAAACUCUAUUUUUAA